UUGGACUCGUCGAUCAAGCUAUGGGAACUGGCAAGCAGUAGGUGCCUCAUCCAGUACACUGGCGCCGGGACUACAGGGAGACAGGAGCAUCACGCACAAGCGAUCCUCAACCAUACGGAGGACUACGUGCUGUUCCCAGAUGAGGCGACCACUUCGCUUUGCACUUGGCACUCGCGAAGUGCCAGUCGUUGCCAACUGAUGUCGCUGGGACACAACGGAGCCGUCAGGUAUAUUGUUCACUCCGGCACGGCACCGGCUUUCUUAACUUGCAGCGAUGACUACAGGGCAAGAUUCUGGUAUAGGCGAAAUACGCACUAA